AUGAAUCCUGCCCUUUUCAUCUCUCUCCCCCUAGUCUUUGCCCUGACUUUAGGGCAGAGCAUGUCCCUUUGUGUCCCUGUUGAGUACGUCAUCCAUGUGGAGAAGAGAGAAUGUGCCUACUGUCUGGCCAUCAACACUACCAUCUGUGAAGGAUUCUGCAUGACCCGGGAUAGUAAUGGUAAGAAGCUGCUGCCCCGGAGUGCCCUGUCCCAGGAAGUGUGCACAUACAAGGACAUGGUGUACAAAACCGUGAUGAUCCCUGGCUGUCAACACCAUGUUGUCUCCUACUAUUCCUAUCCUGUGGCUGUGAGCUGCAAGUGUGGGAAAUGCAACACUGAUUAUAGCGACUGCGUGCAGGAGGCAAGCAGUACUGGUUAUUGUACUUUAUCCCAGAAGCUACAUAACCUAUGAGGCCCUCUCUCU